AUUUUGUUUAGUCGUGCGACAACUUUGAACAGAAGCAAACGUUGUCCGAAAAGAAGGAAAUGCUGAAGGAAGUGUUAUUGAUCCUGGCAGUGACCGGGGCAGUCCUAGCCAGGAGUGUGCCAGAUGACGACUUUGAUCCUUUUGCCGAUAUACCAUUUAAGAGACUCAAGAAUUCGGCUCAACGCAUUGAAUCGUAUGGUUACCCAGCUGAAUCGCAUUAUGUGGAGACGGAGGAUGGUUAUGUGCUGAACAUGUUCCGCAUUCCACACUCCCCCAAGCUGGGCAAUGCCAAGGAGGCGAAUCGUCCUGUGGUGUUCAUACAACACGGUCUGUUCAGCUGCUCCGAUUGUUUCCUGCUCAAUGGGCCGGACGAUUCCCUGGCCUACAACUUUGCGGACAAGGGCUACGAUGUCUGGCUGGGCAAUGCUCGUGGCAAUAUCUAUUCACGCAACAAUACCAAAAUUAGUAUGAAUCAUCCCAAUUUCUGGUCAUUCAGUUGGCACGAGAUUGGUGCCUACGAUCUACCUGCAAUGAUAGAUUAUAUCCUGGCAUUGACUGGUCAGAAGGCUCUGCACUAUGUGGGUCACUCUCAGGGCUGCACCACCUUCUUUGUGAUGGCCUCGUUCCGUCCCGAGUAUAAUGCAAAGAUCAAGACCGCCCACAUGCUGGCCCCGCCCAUCUUCAUGGGGAACGUCACCGAGGGUACAGUUGUCGGACUGGCUCCUUAUAUCGGCACCCCAGGAACUGGAUCCGAGCUGUUGCAGAACCAGGUUUUCUUGCCCUGGAACGAGGUGAUUCAACGAGUCCUGGACACGGCUUGCAGCAAUGAGCCUUAUGUACACGAAUACUGCAAGACUCUGGCUUUAAUGUGGGGCGGUGGUGUGGGCAAUUUGAAUGUAACCCUCUUGCCACAAGUGGCAGAGACUCAUCCAGCUGGCAUAUCCACCAAUCAGGGCAUUCACUUCAUCCAGAACCAUGUGUCGAACGAGUUCCGUCAAUACGAUUGGGGUCGCAAGAAGAACCUGGCCAAGUAUGGAUCAGAGGUGCCACCAUCCUACGAUCUGACCAAGAUUACAUCCAACGUCUAUCUCUAUGCUGGUCCUGCCGAUGGCUCUGCCAAUCUCAAGGAUAUUGCACGUCUUCCCGCUUAUCUUCCGAACCACGAAGUCUUUGAGAUUGAUGAUCCCACCUGGGGACACUUGGACUUUAUUUUCGCUCUUAAGGUCAAGGAAGUUAUCAACGAUAAGGCAAUUGCGCUGAGCGAGGCCUACGAUAAGCUCAAUAAAGACUAAUCCCAAUGGGGUUGUUUAUCUUAUCUGAAA